AUAAAGUAAGUGAGUAAGCGAGGGUUUCACACACACAGGUCCUGCACACAUGCAGUGUGCUCAGGAUGACACGGACGAGUACAGUAUUGAGCAUUUUCGUCUUGUUUCUUCGUACCACUUUUGGGGAAAGUGGUUGCACUUCAGCAGAUGGUGAUGGUGUGCUCCCUCUGCAGACAAGGUCUGGAUCUCCCUGUAUGCUGGCAGAGUUGGCUGGAGAUUAUGGGUUAUCACCAGCAGGACUGUGAACUGCAGUGUCCCCUCUGUGAUCUGAGCCACCUGGGCCACAGCAGAGAUGACCAUUUGCUCUGGGAGGGACUUUCCAUUGGGAAUAUCUCCAUGGGCAUUUCCCCACACAGUUUAUGCAAGUGCUUGAGUCACCGAUAUUCCUGGCGCAGCCCAGGACGUGUUCUUGCUGCAGUUGGCGCACAGCAUGGGAAGGGGACCUUUGAAGAUGACGAACCAGGCAACUUUGACAUUGACUGCUUCAGCCAGCUGGAAUUUAAGGAUUCCUACAGCAGCCUGACCUGCAACUUUACAGAGAUGCCUCCUCACAACACUAACUAUACCCUGGCUGUGUGUACCAAAGAAGACAGCAAUUAUGUGUGUUUCAAUAUGGAGAAACGGGACGACGUGUAUUUCUUACAAUUCACUGAUAUACUCUCUAAUAAAGAUAUUUGCAUGGAAUAUGAGAUAAAGAGAAGAGUCUGCAGGAGUCUGUCCGUCACUGACAUUGUUAAGCCCGAGGUACCAUUCAAUAUCAACAUCACAUACCAAAAGGAGGCAAAUGAGUAUCUUAUUCACUAUAGUACACCGCAUUCAUGGAAGAAAUACUUAAAGGACAAGUUAAUACACCAAAUUGCCUAUCGGCAGGGAGAAGGUCCUUGGAAGACAAUAGAAUCGCCAUACCUUCAGGUAAAGUUACUGGGGAAGAACCUCGAAACAGAUGCCUCUUAUGAGGUGAAAGUACGCUCGCAGCCCAACGGAGAUUAUUUUAAGGGCACGUGGAGUGAAUGGAGCGUCUCCAAGAGCUUCAGGACUGCAGGAGACCACUCUGAGGAGAAAUAUAACAGCAUGUUCGUGAUUAUGCUCUCCAUCCCUGGAUUCAUUCUGUUAGUUGUCAUGAUUGUCCUGAUCCUAAGUUUUUGGGAAAGCAGGAUCAAGCCUGCUAUGUGGCCAAACCUUCCUGACCAUAAAAAAACUCUGGAGCAACUGUGCAGGAAACCAAAAAAUAAUUUUGAUAUAAGCUUUAACCCAGAGAGUUUCGGUUACGUUUUUAUCCAUAAAGUGGACGGCAUUCGAGCAAAAGCUGAACAGGAAAGCUUUCUGCAGCCACCAACUGCUCCAGAGACAAAUGUUCCAGCAAAGGUUAGGAGUGCAUCAGACCUGAAGAGGAGCCCUGCAAGGACAGACAAAAGCAACCUAAACCUGUCCAUGAGUUACGGAGGAAUCUGUUCAUCAGAAGCCCUGCAUGGUCUCCUGGGAAGCAACCAGUCUGCAGACACUGAAGGCGUCUGUGGAUCCAGCAUGUAUGAGGUGUGCCACAGCAGUGGGGUGCCCCUGUGUGAACAGGAUAGUGACUUUCCCUCUGCUCCUCCCCUGGAUCCCUCAGGCCAACUUGGACCAGAGCCCCUGGAAGGUGACAUGGUAUCCCAGAUGCCACCUAGCAGUGAACUGAGGUCACCGAACAAUGAAGAAGCCUAUGUCACCAUGUCUAGCUUUUACAAAAAUCAGUAGACCCUACAGACAUGACAGAAUGCUGUUUUUUCACCAACACAAGUGGGAUAAUGAAGCCGUCUAUUUUGUUUUCCUGUGUCCUGCAGCAGCGAGCUCCCACCUCCACCACACAUCCUGAUCACAGUGCAACGCUGUACCUACAAGGAAGUGGGUUCUUCAGCCUUUUAGUGCUGAGUAUCCUAACCUCCACUCUCAGCCUGCUGGCAGCAAUCUCCACUGCGGCAAAAAUGAAAUUUAAUUUAACCUGACUUUAAUCUUCAGAUCUGAUUAAUCCAGAGCAAUGACGCUGCACUCCUAGACAAGGAUGACAGCAUCUCUCAUAAAAGUGAAUGCUUCUGAUAAGCUCUUAUUAAUGCCUAAGGAAGAAAUAUGGUAACAAAUUCAAGUUAAAUAGUACCUGAUAUCUUUCACACCAGCACAGAUCAAGAAUAACUCAUCUGCAGUCAGUGGAAGUCCACAAGUUUGCAAAAUGCCAGUAAAUGAGAAUUUCAUCUAAGCAUUAAUCACCUGGGGAUUCAGGAGCUUGGCCACUGCAAAGGAAGUUUCACAGAGCCCCCAGGAAAAAAGGCACAUGGAAUCACUUUAAGAAGAUGUUUUCUCAGACUGAAUUUUUUCAGAUAGAUGAAAACAACACAAAACCCAGCACGCAGCUCGUUUGACUACCCUGGAGUCAAAUUCAGGGUCCAUGGGAACUUCUGCUAGUAGUUUAUAUUAAAUAUCUUCAGUUAUUUCAUGUAUUGGCAAUUUUUUUAGACAACGACACAAAACAGAAUCAAUGAAAAGCAAACUCCUAGCUCUUCCUAUAACUGAAUCAGGGCUGUAAAACACAUGUUGCUGUCUUUCUCUGCAGCUCUUACACAAGCAUUAGUACAGCAUGCAAAUACUUUCCAGGACAGAUGGACUGAUCGGGUAAUGUUUGCUUACUAGCAUUAACCCCAGUGACUGUGGCUGCAUGAGAAUGCUUUGAAUUUGGCCAGGAACUUUUCUCAUGCAGCUUCUGGCCUAGGAAUAGGAUGGAGCAUCAUGGAUCUUGCCGUUCAUCUCAAGAUCCAUAUUUUAAAAGUAGUAGCUUGUAACUUGCCUGGAGGUGAUGUAGAAAAAGCCUUUAACAUUAUGACUAAGGAAGGCAUCCUGUCCCUUCCCAUUAAUCCUUCUCUGGACUCUGUGCCCAUUUGUAAGGGGCUCCCCACAGGCUGCCACUCCGGGAGGGCUGAGCCACUUCACUGUCCCUGUGGGACGCUGCACACUGCGGAGCACACGCUUGGAGACAAAGCUGCUACAGCCACACGGUUGCAUGACAGCCAAGCAGUGUGGCCAUGGGAAAUCCAAGAUGCUUUGCUGUGCUCUGGGGUUGGGGUUCACCACACUGUGAAGUAUCAGUUCCUCUAGCUGCUUGAAAUCCUCCUUGUUCAUGUUCAUGUUACCAGAGUCCAAGGGUAAAAGAGUCCUCCCUCAUCCUCAGAGCUGCUUGAACAUUUUCUGACUGCUAAUAACCACGGAGAAGUUGUUAUAUUUGAUGUAGUCUGCUGGAGAAAAACAGCGCUCCCAAGACAGCUCUCCACCAGCCCCAGCUCCACCUGACAUCUGGGGACCCUUCAGACAGGGAUAGCUUUAUGGUCUCUGCAUGCAAAGUGGCAGAGAGUUUGGCUCAUGAUACUCCAGUGACAUUUUACAGAAUUGUUUUUAUGACUGUUUCUCACCAAACGACAGGCUGAUUAAUGCAGUAGAAAAAGAUGAAAGCCCUGGACAUUCAUUUCCUUUAUGAUAUUCGUAUUUCAUUUUUUUAAAAAUAGCUGCUGGUAAUGCUCAUGCUGUGCAGACAUGCACAGCAUGACUGUAGAUGUGGAGAGAGUGUACUGGGAAGACAACCUCUUCCAGUAACGCAGUGACAAAGAGGGGAUAGAGGAAGAAGCAAAAGUGCAUCAGAAGAAUCCUGUACAGUAUGUGCUAUGCUUGUUCUGAGCUCAUACAUACAUUUUUAAUGAAUACAAGUGCCACCACCAAUGUCUAUUUGCACUAUUUGAACAGUAAGGUACCAACAUCUAAUAGUCUUUCUGCUUGUCCAGAAGAAUAUACAGAAUACAUACAGAAUACAAAAUAUAAACAUUUUUUCUGUAUUUCUUUAAUACGGAAAAAGAACCAGCAAUCUCGUGUUUAUUUACUGUAAUCACUCCAAAAUAGUUACAUUUUUCCUAUGUAGUCCUCAUAUUUUUGCAUAGCUGCUAUGUUUAAACAAUCUUAUUCUCUGUGCCUAAUGAUUUUAUUUAAUUAGGUAACUUGUAACCUUGGUUUUAUAAUGUAUUUACUGUAUUAAAAGGACAUGGCUAUUUGCAUGA